UCACUGAAACGGUCUUCAGAAAAUGUUACAGGAUUUUUUUUAAGCCUUCUCCCGAAUAUUUUAAUCCAUUGAGGUACCCCUUGUUGCUGGACUUGUAUUUCGUAGAAAGCAAAGAGCACGUGUUCCACCUCACUCUCGACAAAAAGAGCCGAUAAUUCAUAACAAGAAAGAGAACUUUUUACCUGACGGUUACUCUCUGUAUCAACUGAACUCGCAAACACACACACACUCUCUCUCUCGCAGUAAGUGAAGAAGCAAAUGAAAAAAAACUGAGCAAGCGCAUUUUCAUUAUGCUGCUGCCCGUCGCGAUGGUCACGAUCUUCAGUAGUAGUUUACGGUGAGCAUCGAUCAAGGCAAGUUGCAGGUAGUGAAGUCCGGUAGUGCACCUCGCGUUCCCUGAGUUGUGUGUUGUGUGAGUCUCAGAUGAAGUUUGGUGGAACCCGUUUAGUUGCGAUCGCGUGUGUAUGCGUGUGCGUGUGUAGGUAUUGAAGCCCGUAGCCCCCCAGGCCGGUUAACCUGUAUGACGACGACGACGUCAGUUUGCGUUGUUUGUCCGUCGGUUGGUGGAAUUCGGAAGUCAAUAGACUCUUUAUGUGCGGACGGGAAAUGUACGGACGGUAGUUACUGGGACCUGGCGGAUAGUGCGCGCGAAUGAUUUUGAGUUUGAUUGUCACCUAGCCGAAACCCCAGAUAGAUAGAUAGUUAGUGGUUCCAGAACACAGAGAGACAAGUAAAUGCCACAUUGGGAAACCAAGUGAGGAAGUGCGUGACCCGCUACGUUACAAAACAGUUCCGACACGCGAUCGUGUAGAGUGCAAUGGCUGCCGGAAAACGAGCCAGCUACGAGCUGACUGCCGCCACCACCGAAACGAUCGAUGAACGUCCCCGCAGUUUCUACGACAAUUUGACGACCACCGGAUCGACCUCCGGUACAACGAAGAUUAUCCAAAUCCCGGAUAUUCAGUUCAAAUUCGAUGACGACAUUCCAAUCACAACCGACGCCCGGCGAUCGACGCUGAUGAGUAAUGCCAAGUCGGAUUUUUUUGGACUUUCCCGACCAUCUCCGGUUGGCGAUGGUCAGUCACAUCCGACGCUCGGUAACGAUGACGACGAAUCGCAAAACUUGAUCGAUGACAGUGAACGAAGGACUCCGCCGAGUGUGAUCGUUCCCUCGGCACCGGGCAGUUCGUCUUCGCCGGUUUCCAACGCCAGCACCGUUCCGGCACGAUCUUCGUCUCCCGGAACGACAGAUGAUUCGCCCAGGGUUGGUGCGGAGGAAGGCGGAAGUAACAAAUCCCGUCCCAUUUCGUCGAACCGAAGCAUCACAAUCCGACUGCCCGACAGCGGAACACCGUCCGAGGCCGUCUACAUGACCACUACGGUGCCGCAAAACUUCGCCAAGGAUAGCAGUGCCCUGAUCGGCCGACACAAACCGACCCGCAGCAGUCUUCGCCACAGCCGGAUGUUGGUGGUGAACAAAUCCUUCCAUCAGCGGUACCCGCGGGGGAAUUCGCUGAAUCUGAAACACAUCCGGCUUAGCCGGGUGCUGAUGGUGCUGAAAAUUCUGAUCGGUGCGAUACUUACCUUCGUCGGACUGGCCAUCAUGGUUUGGUCGCCCAGUACCCACACCAAGGAUAAUCCGUACUGGGCCGGGUUGGUCUUGAUUCUGUGCGGUUCCAUGUUCCUGAUUCUGUUCAAUCUCAAGCGACGUCCGGCAAAUCGGCUUCGGGAGAGCUGCUUCAAUUUUGUGCGGGUCAAUGCCCUGCUCUUGCUGUUGCUGACCAUUUUCUUCACCAUGCUGGCCUUCAUCUAUGCCCUGAUGCACACGGUUAACCUAAGUUCCAGUGGGCUUCACUGCGAACCGGAAUACAGCUUCAACGUCAACUCGUCGAGUUGUGUUUGCUGGAUCGACGUUCAAAGCAGCCGGUCGUCAGGACAGGAGGAGGCUUCCCAGCUUACCAGUGACCAGCUGCUGGAGGAUGAAUCGUUGGAAGGAAACAGUAGCAGCACGACCGUUGCUGGGUUGGAUCGCAGGGGGACACCCGAACAGUGGGAGAAAGAUGGCGCUAUUCGCUUGGAGUAUCGUGACUUCCGUUGCAGCGAAGUGCUCGGUAUUUGGUACUACGUGACACUCGGUUCAACGGUGCUCAAUAGUCUGGGUUGUUUGCUGGCUGCCGUGUUUCUCGUCAUCUACGGUGUCGAGUGUCAACGGCGGGAACAGCAGCUAAAGUAUUUCGGCGUGAGAAGCAACGGCAACGGAACCGGGAUGAGAUUGGCCGAACGAUCCGACGAGGACACCGAGAAGCAGAGCUUGGACACGGGAGGACGAAGUAGUGCGACCAGUACGGAAAAACCAUCCAACGACGACGAUGUGGAUGGACCGUUUCCGGUGCAGCAAACGCACAGUGAUUCGAAUGUUACCGACAGUAUUGGAGUGAAAACGACGGAGGCGUGAUACGGAAACAGGUAUUUUUGUAUCGAAGUAUUAUUUUUUUUCAAUAAUACAAGUUUUUUUUACACUGAC